AUAAAUUCACCUCACCCCUUAAUUUUCGCUCUCUAAAACCCUCUCUGUUUCUCUCUCCUCACCGACAGAUCUCCACCUCCGACCCUUCCUCCUCCUAGGGUUUCUUGAAUUGCUGUGCAUCUUCUUUACGUGAUUGUAUAUAUAAAUCGAUAUAUAUGCAUUGAUGAGGAGGAGUGGUGUUUUCGGAUAGGAAAAUUUGAGUUUUUGAUUAUCUUUGAAUAAUUAUGAGGAUUUUUCUAUGAUUUUGAUUGGUUUAGUUGGCGGCGAGGAGGAAAACGAAUUGAACGGCGUCGUUUUUGGUGGUAGGUUUAGAAAAGUCGGGGAUAUUGGAGGAGAAGACAAGAAGUGUAUGAGGGAAUUGGACAGAAUUGUUGAAUUGAAUAAUAACUCGAAGCGGACUAGGUGGGAUUUGUCGUUUUUGAUUCGUAGCCGUGGCCGCUGGGGCAAAUGUGGCUGAAGUUUUGGACGAAUCUCCAUUGAUUUUGAUCGAAAACCUUGAAAAUUUUUCCUGACUUUUCAGAGGGUUUUGGAUAUUUUGCCCAAAAUGCAGCCUGAUCAUAGAAAAAAAAGCUCAACAGAGAUGGAUUUCUUCUCUGAAUAUGGUGAUGCAAGCAGGUAUAAGAUUCAGGAGGUGAUUGGAAAGGGAAGUUACGGUGUUGUUUGCUCUGCAAUUGACACUCAUACAGGUGAAAAAGUGGCGAUUAAGAAGAUACAUGACAUUUUUGAGCACAUUUCUGAUGCGGCCCGAAUUCUCCGUGAGAUAAAGCUUCUUAGACUUCUUCGUCAUCCGGACAUCGUUGAAAUUAAGCAUAUUAUGCUUCCACCUUCGAGAAGAGAGUUUAAAGAUAUUUAUGUUGUAUUUGAGCUCAUGGAGUCUGAUCUCCACCAGGUUAUCAAGGCUAAUGAUGAUCUGACUCGGGAGCAUUACCAGUUUUUUCUUUACCAGUUGCUUCGUGCUCUGAAAUAUAUUCACACAGCUAAUGUUUAUCAUCGAGAUUUGAAACCCAAAAAUAUACUGGCUAAUGCAAAUUGCAAGCUUAAAAUUUGUGAUUUUGGGCUGGCCAGAGUUGCAUUCAAUGACACACCUACAACAGUGUUUUGGACGGAUUAUGUUGCCACAAGAUGGUAUAGAGCUCCAGAGUUAUGUGGAUCAUUUUUCUCCAAGUAUACACCUGCAAUUGAUAUUUGGAGCAUAGGCUGCAUUUUUGCUGAGGUUUUGACUGGGAAACCACUGUUUCCUGGGAAAAAUGUUGUCCACCAACUGGAUUUGAUGACAGAUCUUCUUGGGACACCAUCUAUGGAUACCAUUUCUAGAGUUCGAAAUGAUAAAGCUAGGAGAUAUCUUACAAGUAUGCGGAAGAAACAGCCUGUGCCUUUUUCACAGAAAUUUCCGAAUGCAGAUCCAUUAGCUCUACGACUAUUAGAAAAGCUGCUUGCUUUUGAUCCAAAGGACCGGCCUACUGCUGAAGAGGCAUUAGCUGAUCCUUACUUCAGGGGACUAGCCAAAGUUGAAAGAGAACCAUCUUGUCUACCUAUUUCAAAGAUGGAGUUUGAAUUUGAGAGGAGGAGGGUUACCAAGGAGGACGUAAGGGAAUUAAUAUUCCGCGAAAUACUAGAAUAUCAUCCUCAGCUGUUGAAAGAUUACAUGAAUGGAAUAGAAAGGACUAAUUUUCUCUAUCCUAGCGCCGUCGAUCAAUUUAGAAAGCAGUUUGCACAUCUAGAAGAAAAUGGUGGUAAAAAUGGUACAGUGAUCCCCUUUGAAAGAAAGCAUGUCUCUCUUCCUAGGUCUACUAUUGUACAUUCGAAUGCAGUUCCUUCUAAAGAACAGUUAAGAGCUCCUACUUUGAAGGACAGGCAAAACGGCGAAGAGCCAUGUUGUAGAAAUCCCAGAGAUUCUGAUGGGCUUCCUGGUAGUCUGUCCAGAACGUUGCAGACACAGCAGAGGAUCCCUCAAGCUAAACCAGGAAAGGCGGUGGGGCCAGUCUUACCAUACGAGAAUGGAAAUGUCAAUAAAGAAGCAUACGAUCCUAGAACAGUUGUCAGAAACCCUGUCCUUCAACCUCCACCACAGGUCAUCCCUUCUGCAUAUUGUUAUCAUGGUAGUGGUACGGUAAAGCAGGAAAAAUCUGUGAUGGAGAAUGAGAGGAACUUGUCUUCACAAGGACGACAAAUGCCUCAAUGUGGCAUGGCUGCAAAAAUGGCCCCUGAUAUAGCAAUAAACAUUGACGGCAACCCAUUUUACAUGACACGCACUCCAGGGACAAAGGUGGACCAAGUUGAUGAUAGGAUCACAAUCGACACAAACUUGUUGCAGGCAAAAGCUCAAUUUAGUGGAAUAGGAGUUGCAGCAGCUGCGAGUGCCGCUGCGAGUAGAAAAGUAGGAACUGUUCAGUUUGGUUUCUCUAGGAUGUAUUAGUGAAAUGUGGUGUAGGUGGGAUGGAGGAGUUGGUAAUAGGGAUGUAUACUGGGGAAGUUGGCCUUUUAUGGGAGGAUGAGAAUCGAGUAUUCGGAACUGGUGGCGCAGUGUACAUAGGGUUCUUCAUGUUUGUCCUCUUUAAAGGUCCAACUUCCUUUGCUGUCAGUAAAUUUUUACGUUUUCGCCUGAUAUAUUAAUAUUAGUGAGACAAUAAACCCAGUUUUGGUUUCCAGGUUUCUCGUUCA